AUGGUUCCUGUGCUGGACAACAUGACCCCACCUCUUCUAACACAGAACGGCUCCAACUGCAGCCAGGUUUUAGUCCCAGAGCUGAACGUGGUCAAGGCUGUGGUUCUGGGCCUGGUGCUUGGCGUCUUGAUUGUGUUUGGAAUUGUGGGUAACAUCUUGGUAAUCCUCUCCGUGGUUUGCCAUAGACACCUGCGUACAGUCACACAUUAUUUUAUAGUGAACUUGGCAGUGGCAGAUUUGCUGAUAAGCUCCACUGUUCUACCUUUUUCUGCUAUUCUUGAGAUUGUGGAUCGUUGGGUGUUUGGACGGGUCUUUUGCAAUGUUUGGGCAGCUGUGGAUGUACUCUGCUGCACUGCUUCCAUCAUGAGCCUUUGUGUGAUCUCUGUUGACCGCUACAUUGGAGUCAGUUACCCUCUGCGUUACCCAUCCAUAAUGACAAAACGCAGGGCUCUGCUGGCAGUGAUGCUGCUCUGGGUGCUGUCUAUCAUCAUAUCUAUUGGACCUUUGUUUGGCUGGAAAGAGCCGGCACCUGAGGACGAGUCCAUAUGCAAGAUCACGGAGGAGCCAGCUUACGCUAUCUUCUCUGCUUUGGGCUCUUUCUACGUCCCUCUGGCCAUCAUACUGGUCAUGUACUGUCGGGUUUAUGUGGUAGCUCACAGGGAGAGCCGGGGCCUGAGAGAGGGCCACAAAACAGAGAAGUCAGAUUCAGAGCGGAUAAUACUCAGGAUACACAGAGGCAACACAACUGUAUCAGAGGACGAGUCCCUUCGCAGCCGCACACAUUUCGCCCUGCGACUGCUCAAGUUCUCACGUGAGAAAAAGGCCGCCAAGACCUUGGGCAUUGUGGUUGGCUGCUUCGUGUUGUGUUGGUUGCCCUUUUUCCUGGUGCUACCCAUCGGCUCCAUCUUUCCUGCAUACAGACCUUCAGAAACUGUCUUCAAGAUCACGUUCUGGCUCGGUUACUUCAACAGCUGCAUCAACCCCAUCAUUUACCCAUGCUCCAACCAGGAGUUUAAGAAAGCUUUUCAGAGUUUACUCGGAGUUCACUGUCUGAGAAAGACCCCCAGACCACACCAUCACCAUCUGAGUGCAGUUCAGAGUCAACUUCAGGGUCACAGUCAGGCCCUCACUCUGGGACUGGACAGCAGGGAGGCGCCCUGUCGGCUGAGCCCUUCCUCCUCCAUGGCCCUGUCCAGAACCCCCUCAUCCAGGGACAGCAGGGAGUGGAAAGUCUUUCCUGGUGGCCCCACAGGUGGAUCAGGACCGGCCGAGACUAGCAGGGAUAAAGUGGCAAAAUUCUGCAGUAAAAACUUCCAUCGGACCUGCUGCUGUGUCUUCAGUGGUGGGACUCCCCCGCAGGAUUCAAACUGCGCCCAGCCGCCUCCAGUUGGAAACCUUCCCACCAUUAAAAUCCACCAACUGUCCCUGUCAGAAAAAGGAGAGCCUGUAUAG